AUGGCGUCUCGUGCAUUGGAAUUUUUGACAGUGCUCCCGACUGCAAAGCACACGGCUAGCGUGAUCGUGUUGCACGGGCUCGGAGAUUCUGGACAUGGCUGGAGACCAGUUGCUCAGAUGCUCGCAAAGGAUCCCAAACUGGCACAUGUCAAAUGGAUCCUGCCGCAUGCGCACGACAAUCCUGUGACACUCAACAUGGGGAUGAGCAUGCCAUCCUGGUUCGAUAUUGAGUCUCUCGAACUUGAUACCAACGAUGAACUCGGUGGAGAAGACUCGAAAGGCAUGCUCGCCUCGUCUGUGCUCGUCAACCAGAUUAUCACAGCAGAGGUCGACGAGGCCAAUAUUCCCGCGGAUAGGAUUGUAAUCGGUGGAUUUUCUCAGGGUGCUGCGCUCAGUUUGCUCACCGGACUGACCAGCGAGCGAAGGCUGGGUGGGAUCUUUGCACUCAGCGGGUGGCUACCUCUGAGCGGUAAGAUCAAGUCGAUGAUGUCUGACCGUGCUCAGAGUCUGCCCAUCUUCUUUGGCCACGGGACGUCGGAUCCAGUGGUGCAGUACAAAUAUGGCAAGCAGAGUUAUAAUCUACUCAAAUCACUCGGAUUCCAGGAUGCUACCGCCGAGAGUAUCAAAGGGUUGAGCUGGCAAGAGUAUGCGGGGAUGGGCCAUUCGAGUAGUCCCCGAGAGCUUCAGGAUAUCGCGUCGUGGCUUGCCCGAGUAGUGCCGCAGAAUACAUAA